CUUGUUUUUUCUUUUUCAAGGCCUUCAGUGAUCGUGAUUGAUCUUGUACGUAUAUAUUUAUAAAGAAUUUAUUAAAUAUCUGUGUAAUAUUAACUCUAUUCUUUAAUUUGUACAUUUAAAAUUUAUAUAUAUCAUAUAAGGUUAAACAAUCACUAUGACGAAUUCGAAGGGAUAUCGUAGAGGAACAAGAGACUUGUUCUCUCGAAAAUUCCGCAAACAUGGAACAAUUCCAUUGUCUACGUAUAUGAAAGUAUACAAAGUUGGCGAUAUUGUUGACAUUAAAGGUAAUGGAGCUGUCCAAAAAGGAAUGCCUUAUAAAGUUUAUCAUGGAAAAACUGGGCGUGUAUUUAAUGUGACUUCACAUGCUCUGGGUGUCAUUGUCAAUAAAAGAGUCCGUGGACGCAUCAUUGCUAAAAGAAUCAAUGUUCGUAUUGAACAUCUUACUCAUUCUAAAUGCAGAGAAGAUUUUUUGAAACGAGUAAAGGAAAAUGAAAGGCUCAGAAAGGAAGCAAAGGAAAAGAAUAUCCGAGUCCAACUAAAGAGGCAACCAGCUGAACCCAGGGGUGCACACAUUGUAUCUGGACGUGAAAAUCCUAUUUCACUUGCUCCUAUUCCUUAUGAAUUUAUUGCUUAAAUUUGAAUAAAAAUGUCUUUGAAAA